AUUUCACUACUGAAAACUGACGAUAUCAAUGUCUGUAGUUACAUAAAAAAAAACCUUCCAAAUCUUCUCUGUUGUAAUAUUGACAUGUUUAUGACAGUUUCUAAGAGUAUUUAAUGUAUAACACAUGUUUGAAUUAAAUACUGAAGACAGAAAAUGGAAAAUGGAACUAGUAUGGAGAAUUCAUUCAUGGAUUUGAACGGAAGAAAUGUGUCUUUAAGUAAUGACAUAUUUUCAGGAAAAGAGCCGUCUUCACUACAGUUGGUUUCCGAUGUCGUAGUAACGAUAACUCUAAUUACGGUAAUGACUGGGAUGGGAUGCACAAUAGAGUUCUGGAAACUUGUCCAGCACCUUCGUCGGCCAAUCGGAGCAGCUAUAGGAAUGCUGGCUCAGUUUAUCGUGUUGCCAUUGGUUACAUUUGGAUUAGCGCAUGCGUUUCAGCUUGAACCGGUUACCGCAAUCGGGAUGCUGGUGAUGGGCUGUUGUCCGAGUGGGUCAAUGUCAAACGUAUACUCGUACUGGGUCGACGGUGACGUCCCUUUGAGUUUGACUAUGACAACAUUAGCUACACUUUUGGCGUUAGGUAUGAUGCCUCUAAAUAUAUGGCUGUACAGCAGAAGCUGGACAGACGAGGACCUUUUUAUACCUUACAAGAACAUAAUUGUCUCCCUUGCAAUGACACUGGGGCCUGCAACUGUUGGAAUAUUUCUAAGAUGGAAAUGGGAAAAAAUAGCUUUGGUUAUUGUGAAGAUCGCAAGCAUAUUUGGAGUAAUAGGGAUAAUUUUGACAAUAACGUUUUUGAGUCUUCUCUAUUCAUUCAUAUACAAGUCGUCCUGGGAAAUCUACGCCGCAGCAUGCCUUUUAACUUCUGCAGGCUUCGCACUCGGAUACAUCGUAGCUAAGUUAUUCCGAAUGAAUGCCACACAUGCACGAACUGUCGCCUUGGAAACUGGAAUUCAAAAUAUUCCAUUAUGCCUGACAAUAAUUGCUUUAUCAUUCCCAAAACAAAUGAUUCCGAAAUUGGUGCCUUUCCCAUUGUUAUACGGAAUAUUCGCGCAGAUCAAUAGCUGUGUCUUUGUGUUACUGUACUACAUUGGCAAAAGCGUCAAGGCGUACAAGAAUAAGGAAACGAGAAACGAUUUCACCAGUGUGCCUACGAGCGACAAUCCUGAUGGUGUUGAAAUGAGCAUUGUAGUAACACAAAAGGAAAAAGUAGCAGAACUUUGAGGUCUUUUGCUUCGUUUAUUUUCGUUAUUUGUGUACAUAUACAGGUGUAUUUUAACCAGCAAAACAUAAACCAGUAUUGUUGAAACUAAACACAAUUAUAAUAUUCUCUGAAAGAAUCCCUAUAAAUUUAAUUUUUUUUAUCUAGAAUGACCUAUUCAAGUUAAUACAAUCAUAGUUUGGUAUAAGAAAAAUACAGAUGCUUCUAGAAGGCUCCAGCCCCGGUCUAAAAAGGGCAGUGAAAGUCAAUUAAUUUUAAAUAAAAAUGAGAUUUUUAUAUCAGGUCUUAACUUAUUUGUACUGAUCAUGAACUAGUUUAAUACCUGCUCCAACCCCUGUUUACUCGGUACAACAGUGUACAAUAGUUAUUCAUUUUCAGUUGUAGUUUUGUUUUCAGUCCUAUUUAAAAUCAUCAAGUAUUCACAAACGAAAGACAAAUGUACAGUGUUGCGAAAGUGUAUAUGUAUGUAAGGCUGAAUUGUUGUCUGAGACUUGAACUUUUUAGACUGAUAUGUGAUGUGUUAAUAUAUUCCGUCUUGUCUACUGUGUAAAGAAAAUGGGCUUGGACACUAACAAAUACUUCGGGAUUCUGCAGAUGUUGUAACUCGAGAAACACAAACGUAGAGAGAUGUGUAAUUAAUCCUUUAAGCCCCUAGUAGCUUUUGCAGUUUUCAUAACUUACUAUAGUCUGGGAACCGUAAAUACAAGUAAAAGCAAUCAUAUACUAUAUGUCUAUGUCCACAAACUAUAUAUAAAUACCCGCUUAAUCCUGAUUAUUACUUAAGAGAGCACCGACUAUAAUAUUAAAAUUUGUGGUCCAUUGCAUACUUGUUGUAGCAUGCAAUGAAUGUGUUAUUAUAUAUAUACAGUUAUUAACAAUAAUAUAUGGUUAAAUCAAUUAUAAGUAUAACUGUCAUGCUAACAGCUGCAUUCUGCAUAUAUUAGUUAUAUACGUUUGUACAGAAAUAAUUCACAAACUGAUACAUGUAUUACUUAAGAAACAAUAAGUUCCCAAACGUGGUUUAUCGUAGAAUAGCCCGAGUUUUGAGUUCUUAUGCGUAAGAAUAUAUCAAGAAGGCCGUAGGCCUGAGUGAUAUAUUGUUUCGCAUAAGAACGAAAAACUCGGGUUAUUCUACGAUAAAUCACACUUGGAAACUUAUUAUUUCGAUUCUAACACGACAUACAAGUAUCAACAGUGUUAGAAGAAAUGGUAACUACUGUUUACGACCGUGCUACGCCCCUGAAUCGGAUGACGUCAUCGCACGCGAGUAGUUUAUUGCAAAAUAACCCGAGAUAGAUUUUGCUCUACAUGUAUGUAGGUUAUUUGCUGAUCGUAUUAGAAUUGUUGUUAAUCAGUUAAAAAAGGAAACUAUCCGAAUAUUUUAUGACGUUUAGUUUUAUCGAUGGCAUCAUCUAUGAACUAAAACACAUUUGGUACGGACAGAGUAUAUAUAUUACAUCUUUGCUGACUCCCCACCUGAUGGCAUGGUUUUAGUGGCGUAAUUGAGAUCCUAUCUCCAACACUUGAUAAUAUUCAAAGAAAUUGCGAUUUCUUUACAAAAACGCAAAAGCGUUCGGCAGUUACCUAUAACUAAUCAUCCACAAUUUAAAAAUAUCAUUAAAUACUAGGCUUUAAAUGUUUAAAUAUUAGAUCUAUCAGCAAUGAAAAUAAAAAUAUGAGCCUUGCGAGUGGAAAUGCUGUAAUUAAUUUAUUUGGGAACAUUCGUUAAUCACACAACACGUUGUGUACAUUCUGUUGAACUUAAUUCCCUACCAAUGCUAACGAUUUAUACCAACACGGCUAUUCCUCAAUCAAUGGACUUUAGAAUGUAUUUCUAGUUUUGCUUUUGUUGGAUUUAACGUCGUACGGACUCAAUUAUAGGUCAUAUGGCAGCUUUCAAGCUUUGAUGGUUGAAUCAGACCCAAUGUGCUCCUCCGAGAGACACUUGGGUCUUCAUCUACAAUCAAAGCUGAAAACUCGCCAUAUGGUUUAUAAUUGGUGCGACGUUAAACCCAAUAAAAAGAAAUCAAAACAUAAAUUUAUGGCUGAAUGCAUAUUAAUUUAUUGCACUUUGAUUGAUCUGACUAAAUAAGCACCCAACGGUUUUCUGUUGCCUAGCAACGAAAGAAUGUCAGUAAGUCAUGUCUGGUCGCGUGACAAUAGGGCCUGAUAAAAUUUUCAUAGAUAAAUUCUUUUCAAAGCGAGACGCCAAAGCCUUGUUCAAGUGAAAAUAAAGUCACAGAAAGUUACAGAAAAAAAUUCUCUUUUUGUAAGUUUAUCCUAAACGUGUGCUUUGACAUUGCAACACUUUUGAGGAUUUUUGAAACAAAAUACUACAUUGCAACAACGAAAAUAGAAAUGCGCUUGAUAAUGAUAAAAUGCCUGUUUUUCUUUUUUGGUUUUGUUAUUUUUGUUGUUGUUGUUGUUUUUAGGGGUGGUGGUUAUGGUGUGUAGUUAUUUUUAUAUAUUAUUGUUGAUUUUUUAAACUAACAAAAUGUUUUCAAACAAUUAUGGAAGACAACCUUUUAUUAGCUUAUUAGCAAGUGUUGUAUCAGUUUAAAAAUUAUAUCGAUAAUGCAACUUUUUAUCAGUUAGAAGUGAGAAUGUCACAACCGCGACCUAGAGUAUGUGUUAGCUUAGAAGUCCUAACGAAAUGCCUCAUUUCUGUAAUUUGUUCUAUUUUUUUUAAAUUUUGAUGUAUCCAAUAUUUAAGCAUCUACAUUAAUUAUUGAAGACUCGUAAAAUCGCAUAGUAGUACUAAAAUUAAUUUCACAUUUCAAAUCUUUAUAUAUUGUCUGCAUGUUGAGUUAAUAACUACAAUGGUGCUUGCAGUUGAUACUGAUGCGUGUAUUUACAUGAAACUAAGAUAGAUAAAUGUAAAUUAUUGCACAUUACUGCACAUUCUGUGAAUAAUUUUGCUGUGUGUGUUAUGUGUGAAAUAUUUUGCUUUGUAUAUAUAACGUGUUGUUCGUAUUGGAGGUAACAAAAGAAUAUAUACAUUUCAAUAUUUGUAAAUUUCUGCCAGGAAAUGUAGUGUGCACAAUAAUUGAAUGUUCACAGAUACGUGGUCAAAUACCAAACCAAUCAUAAAUUUGUUUCUAGGAUAUGACAGUAAAAUAAAGUUACUUUGUCAUGAUGUUUCUGCUUUAUAAUAAAACUCACUCGUUUGUAAUUACCUUUUCAAGCAUUUACGGGUAUUUUUGAAACUUUCAACAAAUUGAUAUUAUUAUUAUCUACCGUUUAAGUUGUUUUUACACGUCAAAAGGGAAGUAACGUCAUUUAUUCAUUUUAUUGUGAAAUAAAACUUGGAUCCGGCAUAAGAAAACGUCAAAAAUAUCACCGACUAAAUGACAGGCCUUGUGUUUAUUGAUAAAAUUGGCAUUUUGUGACGAGAGUUAAAAGUUUUUCAUUAAAAUAAAAGCGUUUUCCCGAAAACAAAAAAUGAAUAGUCAACUUACAUGAUGCAAUCAUGCUUGCUCUUACUAAUAAGUACAAGCGUCCUCUGUUUCACUUCAUGUUUUUUUUUAUUUAAAAGUUAUUAAAUUUUCGCGAAAUGUUUUAAUUUUGAUGAAAUUUAACCGUUUAUCGUAUGCAGAAAUAUGCCACUAGAGUCUGUGGAAAACAAUAUGAUCCCUAUAGAGUAACGAUGAAUAUGUUGUAAGGUACACAUUUCCUCUGUCCGAAUUCACUAUAUUCAAGUAUGAUUGUAUUUUUUAUAUAUUGAUAUCAACAAAAAAAGAGCAGAAAUAUUUCAUUUCGCAAUUCAAACAUGUCAUAUUCUCUGUAGAUAUAACAUUCUACUAUGUUAAUUAGUUCAAGAAAACGAUUAUCAAAAAAGUGUUUAACAAUAAAAUAUUAAUAUAUUUAUGUUCUUCACAAAAAUGUAGCAGCCACAUUAUAAAUAAAGGUAUUAUGAGCCUUUCACAGUUGUGGCAUAUAUAUGUACGUCAAAUUAUGUCACAAUAUACUUAUUCAGUCCCUUCUCUAUUUCAUAUAAAUAAAUAAAUAAAUCUUGAGACCUCUUUUUCAGUACUUUAGAGCAUUUCAAUGAUAUGAAAGCCAUGUAUAUACAGUUAAAAGGCAUGUCUUCUUACCAAAAACAAAAUAUUGAGAUGUUAUCUUACAUAUUAGAAAAAUAAUCUCUUUAGAAAAACAUCAACCUCUGAAAAUGCUCCCGUACAAUUCACCGUUUAGUAAUUACGCAUAUGUAGACAUAUUCUCAAUGAAUAAAACUAAAACCUGAAAAUUCACAAUAAAAGUGGUCUAGAUGUUUUUUGGGGGUUUUUUUGUUGUUUUUUUUUUCUUUUGUUUUUUAAACAAUUAAACCGGGCCAAACGUAAAACUGCAACAUUCUUAUAUUUUCAUAAUACCAUAUUUCAUCAAACAACUUAAAAUUAAAUAGUUGACUACUUCACAUGUUGCACUGAAUAGUCACUUCCUUUUUUUUUGUGUAAAUAGUCCUGGACGCGUAAUGUGUCAUGGCAUUUUUGAUAUUGUUGUAAGUUGUUUUUUUUUUAUUAAAUCUGAUGUUUAUGUUACUAUUAAAUGACAUAGAAAGAUUUCAUUUGAAAUUUUUAACGAAUGAUAUAAAAAAGAGAAAAACGAAUAUUUAUCGCUAAUACUCUUUAAGACUUAAUAAACUUUGACA